AUGCAACGUCCCCUAAAGAACAUGAAGUUUCAGAAGAUCUUUUCAGUCAUGAGUCUGAGUCAUGGACUUCUAAUCAUUAAUCUUUCGUCCUUUUUGGCUUUCUCGUGUUCAUCAUCACAGACGGCGACAGCUUCCCAAGCCAUCCAUCGCGACUCGCAGAAGAUGAAGGUGACCACCAUGACGAUGACAAUGAGAAUACGACGACGACUUUUGUUUGCUGUACUUCUGCUGCUGCUGUCGUUGGAUUCCGUACGGAGUACUUGGUUGGUCUGUGAAGAAGAAACAGAGUCUUCAUCAUCCUCUAAUAAUAAUAAUGAAGAAAGCAACGACAGCGACGGCAAAAAGACGACGAAGAACAAGUUGAAAUGUCAAUUGGACAUGUCGCUGCAAGACGUUCUCGAUACGUGGAAUGCCGACUGUGAACUUUCCGAAAUUGGUGUCUCUUGCAAGAUGGAGUUGGAUCGGGACAGUAUUGACAAUACGAAUGGAUUUGUGUCUCUCCCUCCAAAAGACCAAUUGAAGACUGCCUGCGACCAACACAAUGAGGUUUGCAUCGUUUCACAAACUGUUUCAAGAUUCAAGUUCUCCACUCUAGAAGCACUGAAACAAGCCACGCAAAAAGUUGACAAUACAGAAACAACAGACACAACAGCAACCAAUUCAGAUGAGACAUCCACAGAAUCAACUGAGACGACCACAAAUGCAGAUGUUGAUGAUUCCAAUUCUGAACAGAGCCAUCAUCAUCAUACCCAUCAUACUCAAUACACUUCAUCCUCCACCACCAUGUCGUCGUCUAGCGAAAAGAUGGAAUUUGGCAUUCGAGUCGGCAACUACAUGUACAAGGAACCCUGGGAUCAAUAUGCCGCUCCACUGGCACGCGUCUUGAGAGCCAGAGCCUACUUGUGGCGGACAUCUCCCACCAGUUUUCAACAACAAUAUGCCUUUGCGAAUGCAUUACUCGAUAUUGGCAUUAGUCAUUUCACCAGUGUCACGGAAGAAGACCAUUCGCCCGGAUUUCACAGCGGUGAUCCCAAAAUCAACACGGAUUCCUUUGAUUUGUCCUUGGCCAUUCGGGCGUUGGAACAGGGACAAGUGCAUUAUUUGAGAAUACUCGAUAUAUACCAAGGAACGGAUCAAGAAUCCAUUGUGCACGCCAGUUUGGCAGCACUCAAUCUACAAUGGGGAGAAAUAUUGCAGUCACAUCAUUACUACAAUCAUUUUGAUUUUGACGCAACAUCAACGCAAGAAGACUACGAGGAUGAGGUAGAGACCAUUCAAAAAUACAAUCAACUUGCCAUGCAACGAUUCCAAGUCUCAGAACAGCAUUAUAAACUCAGCUUAGAAACAGUUGAGUCCACCACUACAACCAACAACAACCCGGAAGAAACAGUCGAUGGUGAAAACGAGAAUGAUGAUAAUGACAACAAGAAGGAGGAAGGCAGUAUCGUUAUUACCGAAAACCACAUCAACCUGGCACACGUGUCACAACGAAUCGGACGAUGCAUGGUCAAUUCCAUUCAAGCGUUGGCCAUGGCCGAGGAAGAAGUAAUGGCACACAACAACAUGAAUGGCGAACAAGCACAAGCAAAUCUGGCCGAAACCUUGAGCAAUGCACUCCCACAACUCGACAAACUCAUGAAAAUCGUUGCCCAAGCCGAAAAAAAGUUUGAACAAGCCGUCAACUUGUACCGUGCCGCCAUUGCGCAAGAGGAUGAUCCAGCCAAGAAAAUUAAUCUCAAAAACAACCUCGCCACGACGCUUCAAGACUACAGUGUUGCCACUUCCUAUGAUGCUGCUUCCAAUAAUAAUAUCCCCAAAACGAUUGCAUUGCAAGCGGAAUCCGUCGUGCUGUCGCAGGAAAUUCUCGAUUACAUGUCGGAAUACGAUCGACCCAUCAUGAUUGGCUACGUCGCCAGUGGAUUGUAUGCACUCAGUGGAUUUUACAUGCAGCUAGGGCAGUACGAUGAAACAUCGGAACACUACGACAAGGCCAUGGAUUGGUACGACAUGCACGAUUUGGAACCCGUCAACGUCGUCGGAAGUUUUGAGCAAGUUGCCGACGAAGAUUUGCAAGUCUACGAAGAUCAAUUGACGGAAUAUCACGAACUGUUGCGAGAAAUUAACAUGCCCGAUGGAUAUCCCGAUCAGCAUGUCAUGUACGAACCCAAUGACGCGUACGAGGCCGAUCUGCAUGCCGCCUUGGCAUCCGCCCACUUGUCGCGCGAUGAAAAUUUAAUGGCGAUUGAUCACUUUUUACAGGCCAUUCGAUUGUACGAGGAUGAUCGAACGGGAGAGAACUUGAGUCGAUCCAUUGCCGAUUGCAAGACUAGCUUGGCGGCAGCCUACUUUAAGGACAGCCAAUUCCAACAAAGUGCUGAAGCACAUAGGGAAGCAAUGGAAAUCUACCGUGAGGUAGUAGGUGAAGGAAAGAAUCCCAUGUUGGCCAGUCUGGCAGAUCAGUUGGGAGUAAACAUAGACGACCUUGGCCAGGUUAACAAUUUGGAUCUCUUGGCGUCGUCAAAUAUCCAAGAGUUGAUUUCAAACCUAGAUGUGGACGAGGAGGUAAAAGCCAGCUUGGAAGCGCUGACGUCCAAAGGGAACGGCAAACAGGACACACAGUCGUCCGAGUCGUCAACCAACUCACACCAAACAGCAGGCACGAAUGCAAAUAGACAAAAAGGCCAACAGAACCAUCAACACGACAAUGCCGGUGCAGCCCAGGAGAACAAGGCGCAACAGAAGGUGCACGAGGAACUGAUUGACCUGGAAAAAUUACGGCAGAGUGCAUUGAACGCAACUGUCCACGAAGAACUCUGA